UCGGCGGAAGUGCCCGCCUCGCUAAACUUGGGUGGGAUGGCUGCAGGUCGGUUCCUUCUGCGUCGACUCCGAGCGUCCUUCCGUUCUCUGCCUCUGAACACGCUCGUGGACGUGCCACGCACCAGAGGCAUGCACGACGGGAGCGGCCUCCGAAGGCUCUCCAUCGAAGGCAACAUCGCUGUAGGCAAAUCCACCUUUGUGAAGUUACUCACGAAAACUCACCCAGAGUGGCAGGUGGCUACAGAACCCAUAGCAACAUGGCAGAAUAUCCAGGCUGCUGACACCCAAAAAGACAGCACUUCCAAAAGCCUUGGAAACUUGCUAGAAAUGAUGUACCAGGAGCCAGCGCGAUGGUCCUACACAUUCCAGACACUGUCCUUUAUGAGCCGGCUGAAGUUGCAGCUGGAGCCCAUCCCAGGGAGACCCCUGCAGGCAGAGAAGUCCGUGCGGGUCUUUGAGAGGUCUGUGUACAGUGACAGGUAUAUCUUUGCAAAGAAUCUUUUUGAAAAUGGCUCCCUCAGUGACGUUGAGUGGCACAUCUAUCAGGACUGGCACUCCUUCCUCCUGCAGGAGUUUGCGAACCGGCUGUUGUUGAAUGGCUUCAUCUAUCUCCGGGCUUCUCCCCAGGUUUGUCUGGAAAGGCUGUGCCAGAGGGCCAGGGAAGAAGAGAAGGGCAUUGAGCUGGCCUAUCUCACACAGCUGCAUGCUCAGCACGAAGACUGGUUCAUUAACAAGACCACCAAGCUCCACUUCGAAGCUCUGCAGCACGUGCCGGUGCUGGUGCUGGACGUCAGUGAAGAUUUCUCUGAAAAUGCCACCAAACAAGAAGAGCUUAUGGGACAGGUAAACACCUUUAUGAGCAACCUAUAAGCAGUAAUUAGACAUCUUGCCUGUGGUCUGGCUCCUGACUUUCUCAAGACAGCAA